UUCAUAUACUCUUGCUGAAAAAAAUUAUCUCUUGCUCUUCCUCUCUUUCUUGCUAGUUCUCUUUCCUCACAUGUAAUAUAGCACCAACUUGUUAACACAAAAAAAGAAAAUACAUUUAUAUCUAGCUCUCAAAGUUCUAUACUAUAGCAUAGAGUAAAAUCAAAGAUUUAGAACCAAACUUGAUACUACUCUUUACCAAGAGAAACAAGUAUGGUGUUGGCUUCACCAAAACCAAUGAGGAAUGAAACGAUUUUACCAAAUGAUCUUAUUCCAAUAGUAGACCUUAAGAGUGAAAGGUCGGAAGUAAUACAACAAAUUGUGAAAGCAAGUGAAGAGUAUGGUUUCUUCAAGGUGAUAAACCAUGGUAUUAGUGAUGGAACUAUUGAGAAAAUGGAAGAGGCAGGGUUUAGUUUCUUUGCAAAACCAAUGUCUCAAAAGAAACAAGCUGCACCUGCUUAUGGUUGUAAGAACAUAGGAUUCAAUGGAGAUAUUGGUGAGGUUGAGUACCUUCUCCUCAAUGCUAACACUUCCUCCAUUGCUCAAAUAUCCAAAACUAUAUCCAAUGAUGAUCCACAUUCUAACUUCAGGUGUAGGGUGAGUGAAUAUACAGAAGCAGUGAAAGAGGUGGCAUGUGAGAUAUUAGAGCUAAUGGCAGAGGGUUUGGGGGUCCCUGAUACAAAGGUUUUCAGCAGUUUGAUAAAGGAUAUUGAUAGUGACUCAGUUCUUAGGCUCAAUCACUACCCACCUACACUUAACAAGGACAAGUCACAUUCCAACAAUGUUGGCUUUGGGGAGCAUUCUGACCCUCAGAUCUUGACCAUUCUUAGAUCUAAUGACGUUUCUGGUCUUCAAAUUUCUCUUCAACAUGGUCUCUGGAUUCCUGUUAACCCUGACCCAGAAGCUCUAUGUAUUAAUAUAGGUGAUGUCCUUGAGGUUAUGACAAAUGGAAGGUUUGUAAGCGUGAGACAUAGGGCAAUGACAAACUCAUACAAAUCAAGAAUGUCAAUGGCAUAUUUUGGGGCUCCACCUCUAAAUGCUUCCAUUGUUGCUCCACCAGUUUUGGUUACACCAACCAGGCCCUCUCUCUUCAGACCAUUUACUUGGGCCGACUACAAAAAAGCCACUUACUCUCUAAGGCUUGGUGACACCAGAAUUCAACUUUUCAGAGCAAACAUUGCAUGAUCAUUCAUAAAGUUGAGUAUGCACCAAUACUUUUAAGCUACUAUGUUAAUGUAAAGGACAGGUUGUUGUUGUCCAUUUUGGACCUAGGAAAGGGUUGUAUGCUUUUGUUUGCCUAAAUAUGUUGCAAAGUUAACUUGACAUGGCAAAGAAAGCUACUGUUCUUGCAUGUAAGACUGAGUACUAAUAGAUGGUUGCCAGUUCUGUA